AUGUUACGAUUAUCAUUCACUGCCAUGGGAUCAGUCAGUCAGUUCCAAAAUCUACCUCCUAACUUGGCAUCUUUACCUUAUGAUCAUCAACAAUCAAGAAAACAUCAUUUAUUUGACAAAUCAAUAAAUAAAGAAUUUCAUUUUGCUAUACUUUGGUCUUUAUUAUGUGAUGCGGAAAUAAUUCAAGAGAAGUACAAUGUUCAAAUAGAAACAUCUUGUUCGAUAAGUAAACAAUUCACCGAAACAUUACACAAAUUGAAACAAUAUUUAAAUAAAUACAUUGAAAAGUUCACCAUGUUAUCAAUGGAUAAUGUCAAUUCUACGCUACACAAUUCUAAUCAUAGCUUAAUAACACCACUAUUAAAACAAUUAGAAUAUAGUUUAUAUGAAAUUCCUGAUCAGUGUCGUGUAUUUUCUUUAGAGUUAAUUGAUAACACUUUCAGUGUUUCCCAUCAGUCUGAUCAGUUGCGUGUCAUGUUACAAGAGUUACGGCGUUUACGUAAUUUAUGUGAACGUAAUUAUCUGCUAUGUAAUCAAUCUUUAAGUCUUUUGCAUAAAAUAAGCCUUUCCAAUUUAGAUCAUUAUGAGUCGAAUGCUGUGAAAGAUAUGCUUCAUGUGUUAACUACAUGGACUUAUGGUUACUUUGUCAUUCGUCAUUCGUUAGAACGAGUUAUUCGUGCUGGAGGUGUUGUUGAAUCUGAAAGAUAUCCAUUGAGAACAGUAAUAGCGAAUGAAUUACGUUCAGAAGCAAUUGAAAUGUUGAAACAAAAACAAGUUUUUAUAGAAGCAGUACAAUUUGGAUUAGAAACUAUCAUAUUACAAACUAAAUCAUUGUCAAUUAAAUUGUAUGAUUAUAAUUCAAAUUCGAAAUUGUCAAAAAUUAAAAUUCAAUGUGAAAAUUUAUUUGAACAAUUUAAAAAUCUUUAUGAUAAAAUAUUAGAAGAUGAUAGAUUAAAAACAACGAAUAGAGCUGAAAUACCGGAUAAUGAUAUUAAUUGUUUAGUAAUUGCUCGAACAAAUCAAGCUAUGGAAAUUAAUGAACUUUGUCAUAAAAUGGAUCAAAUUAAUUGGAUUAAUUCUUGGGAAGGGUUAUUAGAAUACACUAAUGAAGAAGUAACUAUUGAACAAGGAUAUUUUAAACUAUGGAUAAUAUACUUUCUUCAACAAUUUCAAGAUUUCUCAUCAAAAAUCAAUCUAGAUGCAAUAUUUUCAUGUCAAAUAAACCAAUUGAAAAAGAUCAAACAUAAUUGGUCAGAUUGGAUCAAAAAGGUUAGUUAUGAUAAUGAGUGUUUUGUUAUUGUUGUUGUUGUUGUUGUACUUGUGAUUGUAUAA